AAGGGAGCCGCCCGCCCCGCCCCGCGGCAGCACCCGGCCGGCCGUCGCGGCGGCCGCGUCGGGCUUAGCGGCGGGUAAGCGGACGCCGCCGUAUACCUGGCGGCCGGGCGGGCCCCGUGAGACCGCGCAGGCGGCUGCACGGAACGGCGCUCGCUCCUGUGCGGACAGGAGCGUAACUCCAGCCGGUUCCCCCGCCGCCCCGAGGGCAGCGGCUGGGGGCCUGCAGCACGGCUUCACUGCCCGACAGAAGGGAACAGCACAGCCCCGCCGCGAGGCUGUCCCUGACAGGAAACGGGGGCUCCCCGUUCGCUUCUCCGUGCGGGGAGCGGGUGCAGGUAAGGUGGAACCCCCGACGGGACCGCACGUUACCCGCGCUGCCGUGAAUCAGUAAGAGACGGAGCUGUUGAAACGGGGUGAGAAGGAAGCGGGAAAACAUGCGGCGUUUUUUCUCUGGUGCAGAGACUGAAGAAACACUUCGUGGUGGGAACGUGAAGUGUGAGAAAGCGUGAGAUUAGUUUAAAACAAACAAAGUAAAGUUGAAUUCUAGUACCACUGUUAGCCGCGUGCAAGUUUUUUUGUCCAUAAUACUACAGAGGGAUUAACAAGCAAGGACAGCUACCUGGCACGAAGCUCCACUCUCCUUUUCCCAAUGCCUUUGACUUUGGUGUCUUUCUGUUUCCUCCAGUAGCUAAUCCGGACUUACACUAGCGUAAAUACGAGAACAUCCAUGUCAGAGGAAUGGUUCUAAAAAAACCUACGGUAGGUGCAAGACAUAAGUAGAUCUUAUUCUCAAAUGCCUUUACGUACAAAAUAAUUAUUACUCAUACAUUACAGAUUUUGAUCCAUGCAAUAAUAAAGUUCUAUCCGAAAUUGGAGGAGGAAUGGCAUUCAUAUUCUACAUAAACUGGAUAUGGAGACUAUGAAGAACUGCAAACCAUCAGACUGGGUGAAAACCCAAAUGAAUAGUUCAUUUUCAGGUGAAUUGGGCUGUAUCACAGAUGCAACUGAUGAGGAACAAGAUGACUUACCUUAUGAUGGAGAUGUAGGAAUAACCUGUAAAUACAGUAAUAAUUCAGAUAAUUUGAAUGACUGUACUUGCACAGAAGAUAUUUCUGGUAUUUUUAACUUAGCCUGUUCUGAAGAUAACAAAAACAUAAAAGCAACAGUGAAUUAUGAAACUCAUCCACAGCCUGAAGAAUUCUCCAGUCACCACAGAGAUGCCACAGGAACAAGGGGAAUUUCAGUUGAAAUGCCUGGAAGUGAAGCUUCCUUUAAGAAGGAAUUACUAGUUGGUAGUUAUAGUAAACCAGGUAUCAAAGAUCAUCUAGCUAACUCAAAAGUGUCCAGUGUCCUUUUGCGUCAUUUUCCUAAGGGAGGGUUAAUAAGCACAUGCCAGUUAAUUGAAUGCGAGACAAUACCAGAGACAUCCUUUACAGAAAGUAUCGAUGACACUGUGAACAAACCUGAGCCUUCAGAACACUUCAAAAGCCCUUUAGCACAUGAACAAUGGGCAGCUAACUUUCAAGAAUAUCACUUAGAAAAGUACAAGGAAGUAAACACUGGUAAUAAAAAUCAAAAUUUGCUAAAUGAAAACAGAUGUCUUCCAAAACCUAUUUUUUCCACUGGUAAGUGUGGGUGCAGCCAAGAAAAUUCACAAUUGAUUAAUGAGAAUGAAGAUACACACGUCUUUCAAAACACAAAGACAGACAGCACCCUGUUUAAGAAAACCAUUUCACCUCAUGAGCUCAAGUAUGGCCAAGGUCAAGCUCACUACUGCCUUCCUGACUUCUCCAAAGUUGCUUCAGAAGUUAAAGUACCACAAAGCAGUGACAAUAUGAACUCAGUUCCUACCACUGAAAGAGCAAAAUCAUUCCCUAUUUUGCUAAGUAAAUCAGUAAUUGCAAACAACAUUCCAGAAAAUAAGAACUAUUUCAAUGCUGAAGUAGAGAAUCAAAAAGAAAUGAGCAUUCCAGAACUGCUGCAACAGCUAGAGAUGCUGACACAGCAUGCUGACACCCAGAAUCAUAUUGACCAUCUGAGACUGAAUACUACGAUACUUCCUCAGUCAGAUUUUCCAAAUGCCCGCAUUGCCAUUUACUCAGGAGACACUGGGACAUCCUCUGAAGUCUUUACCGUACAUGCUCCUAUCUCUAUACAAUCUACACAUGGUUUGUCAAAAGCAAGAUUACAAAGUGGAACAGCAGCAUCAGCAUUACCAGCAGCUGGUACAGUAGAAGCACACUGUCUAAAUCCUUCUAAUUUACUGCCAGAACUAACACUAGGAGAAAAGAUGUCUCAAAUACUAAAGGAUCAGACAGAUCAACUGAUAAAGAACGUGGAAGACUUCUCUAAGCACAUGACCCAAGAGACACUCCUUUUACAAGACAACUACCUGGCAUUAAAUCAAUUGAAAAGAUACCUUGGUGCCUUGGAAAGGAAUUACUUAACAGCUAGAGAAGAACACCGUAAUUUACAGCUGCAGAAUUACAAGGACAACGUUGGAGAGUUUGAUCCUGAAAGAAAGGUGGAAGGGGAAAUAUUUAGACUUGGCAUGCUGCUUGAAGACAUCCAAGAACAAACUGAUGACAGCAAAUGCAACUUGUCAUCUUUGCUUACUUCCUGUGAACCUGCCUGUUCAUCAUAUUCUCUUUGUGAGAGCUCAGCAGUUUCAAGCAUUGCUGAACCUCCAGAAAGAAGAGGUAUUGAAUCUGCAUUUCUUCACAAGAACAAUGAGGCAGAAAAAAGUCAGACAACUGAUGCAAUCCCACAGACAAAUCAAUUUUCUUUAGAAGGUGACAAGUGCAAUCUUUGUCUUUACAUGUUACAAAAGAGAGCUGAAUCAACUUUCAGAAGAGAAACAGAGCCCCUGGGAAAAGGAGAUCUGCUAGCAAACAAGCAUUCUUCCAACAUAAUGAGAUUCCUUUCACCUGAGGAAAAAUAUGCUGCUGAAGGUCUUGCAUCCCAUAGUCAGGGUACAUUAAGUCAAAAAUUUAAUGCUGAUGAAGAAAGUAUGAAAGGAAAUACAAAUAUGCAGGAAAGGAAAACUGGAACAUGUUCACUCUUCAUUCAAAGAAAACCAACUGAUUUAUCAGAUACCAACCCGAGCAGCGAUUCAGAAGACAUCUCAGCUUGUGAUUCUUAUAAUGAUUCACAAAGCAAGGAACUUGUGAACUGUGAGACUGAAAGUUACAAAACAUUCAGUUCAAGACUAUGUGGAGAAAGAAAAGGCCUUAGAUGCAGAUGCCCUAGAGGAAGCAGAGAUCAAUUUAAACUCGGGAAUUACAAAGAGUCUGUUCAAUCUUGUGCCCUAUAUAGAAAUAAAAGUUCUGGUUCAUCCUCUUAUCCACAGAAGACAAUCUCCACUCAAAAGGCUCAAAAAAAUAAACAACCAUGUGAACUUGUAAACAGACUUUCUGCAAGGCAAAACUUUGAGGCUGCCAAAACCUGCUAUUCAAGCACAUAUGGUAAAAUUAUCCUUUCACAUCAAUACUUACCCAGCAAGAAGUCUGCAAUCAACAUCAGAAAUAGAAAUGCCAAUGAUUCCAAUGCAAAUAUUUUAAGUUCUGCUCUGGAUCAUGCCAUACAGACAGCAAACAGUUUGAAGAAAGCUACAGAACGAAUGGUACAAGCGGUUUCAGAAGAUCUAGCUAAAGUUAAAAAAAAAACAGCUUUAAACUCAGUUUCAAAUGCUAUAUUGUUUUGCUGGUUGAUACUGAAGUGCCAGUAUCUUUGCAAAUAUAAAAUGAUAAAGAUCAGAGAGUCAGCUAGCUGACUUGGCCAGCUGUUCUAUAACUAUCAGUACUAAACCAAACUAGAGCAUAUUGGUAUUCCACAUGUUUACACUCAGUCUCGGAAAUGGAAAACAAAUUACUAAUUCUACUGAAAGUCUUUAGUACGUUGGCUAACCCCUGUUACUGUGUACAGCUACCUUCUCUAAGCAUUCAUUUAAGACAGCUUAAUGAAAAUUGGCUUAAACAAGCAAAGUUAACUUUUUGAAUUGUGAUUUCCCCCCACCUCCAAAUAGGAGAAUAAAUCUUGGUCAUUACCACAUGUUUUCUUCCCACACCUUAACAGCAGCUGCUUAAGCACACCAAAGGGAAAACAGCCUCUACACCCAAGACAUCUAUAAGCAUCAUGCUAACAUACCAAGUCAUAGUUGACACUUGUAAUUAUUUUGUUUUUAGAGUGUCCUACAUUGAGAGUUGUUUGUUUUUAAGGUACUUCCUUGCAUGUCUCAGUAACUGAGUAAUACCAUUUGUUGUCUGUGUGCUCCUAACAAUUAAAUUGUCUGUUUCUUCAGUGUAGUUUCCUUACCUUGUCAGAUGUAUCUGGCUUUGAGAUUUUAGCUGAUAUAUAGGUUGGAAAGUUUUAAAAUACUGUAGAAAUACAGUGGGCCAAGAAAAGUCAUAUAUUAUUUUCCUUCUGAAAUCCAUUUAACCUCAGCAAUUGAAAGCAAGCAGACAGUUAACAGCCUUGUAUUAUCAGGGAUGCUAUUCACUGAAGCAAUGCCAAAGUAUAUAGAUUGAUGGAAAUAAAGUCAGAAGUGACAGUGCAUUGCUUAAAAAGGACAGUCAUUUUCAGGGAAACCUGAGUGGUUUCAUCAGUUAAUGAAUACAGAGAUAACCCAGACUCUGUUCAUGCAAGCAGUGAUAGCUAACCUUGCUGCUGUGUACCACUGAUUUACUAGCCUGAGUAAAUGGCUUUUUUUCAGGGCUUCUUCCACACUUCACAGCCAACAAAUACCAUUAACCUUUCUUUUCUCCUUUAGGCUUUUACUGUACAUCCUUAUAACUCGAUUUGUCUCUGCUUAUUAUCCACAUUUUUGCUUUAUUUAGCUUAAGACGACAGUACAGGAUAGUGAAAGGCUCACUCCCCUGUGCUAGAUUAAUGUUUGGAAUGUCCCUGUUACUACUUUGCUAAUGAACUUAAUAGUUGAAGUAAUUGCUGUAAGGCUUCCUAGAUCCAAUAAGAAAAGAUUAACCUGUUCCAGAAAUCCUUCCACACCACAAGAACAGCUAGACCUUUUGUUUAUCCUGGGUCACUGUCUGAACCUGCUGGCCUGGGCCUGACAGCAAAUGCCUAAGAACAAACCUAUUUAGUAAGACAAGCACAUAGCAAUAUUUCCUCAGAACAUUUUUUUGGCAAACUGAAAGCUGAGAGUCCUUCCAAAUCAGUAGUAGUAUCUUCGUAUUUAAUAGCCAUAUAAAGAUUUUUCUCUGGUGUAUGUCGAGGUUUUUUCCUCUCAUGUAACAAUUUAAAGUGUGUUGUUAUUGCAUGAUGUCUCAGAUGCUAAAGGUCCUUUUCUUUUGAAUUUGACAACUGCAAGUUUCAUGUGUUACUUCACACGCUGUAUAGGAAGGUAACACAUCUGUCUCUUCAGUCUGCACACUAACAUGUUUUUUUUCAAGGCUUCCAUCACAAACUCCUCCAUUGCCUUUUUUCCCCUUGAUCAAGGAUCCUAUUCUAGCCGUUCUUGACAUGGAAAUCAUUCCAUACCUUUGAUUUUCCUUAGUCAUUUCUGACUCUGUCCAGAUUUCCAGAUUCAACUUAAGAAAUAAAUUGCACAUGGAAAUAUGCAUCUUUAUUAUCUAGGGUAAUCAGACCAACAUCUGUGCCUAUGCAAAUCUGGGCCCACAUGUACAGGCUAGGUAUCUAUUUUAAGAUGUAUAAUAUGAAAAGAGGAACUUUCAAAAUUAUUAUAUACCUUGUACAUGUACUAAAAUACUAGGUUUUGGGGGGAGAUGUUUAUCUUGAUACAACUCUUUCCCAUUCUUGAUCUUGUUAAAACAAUUCUUGAUCUAGCCAAGAAGAUCAUUGGGAAAAAAAUAAACAUCUUAACAAGAAUU